AUGAGUGACAUCGAAGCUAUUCGGGAUAACUCUGCUCAAGGGCAAGGGGAUAUACCUGAUUACAUCCCAACUUCCCUCGAGGAAAUCGACAAGAUAUAUGCAAGACUCAAUGCUCGAUUCGACUCCCUGGCCACCCACAGUCUAGCAUACAGAAUCUAUAAUCUCAAACAACUCGGAUAUCUGAUCACAGAUAAUGAGAAGCGUAUACAGGCAGCAGUGUAUAAGGAUUUGGGUAAAGGUGGAUUUGAUGUUAGCUCAGGUGAUCUAUGGCCUAUUCUUAACGAGAUUGAUCUAGCGGUUAGAAGGGUGAAAGGGUGGAUGAGAGAUGAGAGUAGGAUUUGGGAUGCAAUGUUUUCUUUCAAGUUCAUGAGACCAAGGAUCAAGAAACAGCCCAAAGGUGUCGCAUUGAUCAUAUCUGCUUGGAAUUUCCCCUGGCAACUCACUCUUUGUCCUCUGAUCGGAGCUAUAGCAGCUGGCUGUCCAGCAGUAAUCAAGGUUUCGGAACACGCACCUUCAUCUUCCGCUCUUAUAGCAGAACUCUUACCUCGAUACCUCGAUCCUCAAGGAUACGCUGUAGUCCUAGGUGCAGCGGAAGAAUCCACAAAGUUACUUGAGAAACCAUGGGGACAUAUAUUAUAUACCGGUUCGGGUAACGUGGGAAAGAUCGUAGCUGCUGCUGCGGCCAAGACGUUAACUCCAACUACACUAGAACUCGGUGGGAAAAGCCCUGUCGUGGUCUCGUCUUGCGCGAACAUGAAGAUUGCUGCUAGGAGGAUGUUUACUAUCAAACAGAUGGCUGCUGGGCAGAUAUGCAUCGCUCCGGACUAUGUGUUGGUGGUAAAAGACAAGGUGAAUGAAUUUAUCGAUGCAUGCAAAGAGACCGUUGAUACGUUAUUCCCUCCAUCACCCUCGCCCUGGUCAUUCCUUCAUACACCUCAAUCAUCCUCGAUGCGCAAUACAGGCGAUUUCGACAGGAUGAUCAGCUAUAUCGACCGAGCGGAACAACAGGGUAAACUCGUUCAUCGAGGCGAGAUUAACAAGGAUAAUCGAAGGAUUGGAAUUAGUCUGGUCAAGAUGAAUCCCAACGCCGAGGGUGAAAGUGGGGGAUUGGUGGAGGAUGAGGUGUUUGGACCUGUCAUGGCUAUUAUACCUGUUGAUGACAUCGAUGCUGCCAUAAGGUAUAUCAACGCUAGACCCCAUCCUUUGGCUUUGUACGUUUGUGCAAGCAAAAGAUCGGUUUUCAAGAAGGUCAUCGAUCAGACUUGGAGUGGUUCAGCUACUUGGAACGAUUUUGCAUUUGCUACAUACGCUCGAAAUUUACCGUUUGGCGGUGUUGGUGCAAGUGGUUGGGGGUCAUAUCAUGGUAAAGACGGGUUUGACACCUUCACACAUCACAAGGCUGUUCUCGAGAUACCUUAUAUCUUCGAACCACUCAUGGCCCUCCGAUAUCCGCCUUUGACCAAUCUUCGAAAAACAUUGUUCAAGUUCCUCUUAUGUGCCGGGGUGGGGUACUCUCGACCCGUCUCAGUGGAAGGCGAAGAGAAGAAGUUGAGGAGGAAGAAAGUUGUGAAAUGGAUGACGACAAUUUUGGUGGGGUUGGUGGCUGUUUAUCUUGGUGGAUUAAGAUGGAGGAGUUCGAAGGGGUAA